GGCAGCAGAGCCGGGAGGACCAUGGAGAAAUGCUACUGGAUGGCAGUCGCGAUCCUCAUGGGACUUACCGUGCGGUGGACGGUCUCUCUUCAUUCUUACUCAGGCGCCGGGAAGCCACCGCUCUUUGGGGAUUAUGAAGCCCAGCGACACUGGCAGGAAGUCACCCUGAACUUACCGGUCCGACAGUGGUAUUUCAACAGCAGUGACAAUGACUUGCAGUACUGGGGCCUGGACUACCCGCCUCUCACGGCAUACCACAGUCUCCUGUGCGCCUACGUAGCGGAGCGCAUCGAGCCAGCCUGGGUGGCGUUGUACACAUCGCGGGGUCACGAGAGCGCGGCGCACAAGCUUUUUAUGCGCGCGACAGUUUUCAUUGCUGAUUUGAUGAUUUACAUACCUGCGGUGGUUUUGUACUGCUGUUGUUUAAAAGAAAUCUCAACUAAGAAAAAGGCCGCAAGUGCCCUCUGUAUCCUGCUGUACCCUGGCCUCAUUCUCAUCGACCAUGGACAUUUUCAAUAUAACUGCGUGAGUCUCGGCCUUGCCCUGUGGGGUGUCCUUGGAGUGUCUCGUGACUGGGACCUGCUGGGGUCACUGGCCUUUUGUUUAGCGCUGAAUUACAAGCAGAUGGAACUUUACCAUUCCCUGCCGUUCUUUUGCUUUUUACUUGGCAAGUGUUUUCAGAAGGGUCUCAAAGGAAAGGGGCUUGGCUCGCUGCUCCGGCUGGCCUGCACCGUGGUAGCCUCCUGCGCGCUCUGCUGGCUGCCGUUCCUCACUGAGUGGGAGCAGACCCUGCAGGUCCUGAGGCGCCUCUUCCCGGUGGACCGAGGACUGUUUGAGGACAAGGUAGCCAACGUCUGGUGCAGCCUCAGUGUCUUUGUGAAGGUGAAGGACCUGCUGCUGCGUGACACCCAGAUUCUCAUCAGCUUUCUCAUCACACUUUUGAGCGUGCUUCCUGCCUGUGUAAAGCUAACGCUGCGUCCCUCUCUGAGGGGCUUCCGAUUUGCCCUGGUCAGCUGUGCGCUGUCGUUCUUCUUGUUUUCUUUCCAGGUACAUGAGAAGUCCAUUCUGCUGGUAGCACUCCCCGUCUGCCUUGUUCUCCAUGAGGUUCCUUUCAUGUCCGCGUGGUUCUUACUUGUGUCAACAUUCAGCAUGUUGCCGCUGCUGCUCAGGGAUGGGCUCCUCCUGCCCUCAGUUGCCACCACCAUGGCCUUCUGCAUGGCAUGUGCGGCCCUGCUUCCGGCCUGGGCCGAGGCCUCAGAGGAGGCCCUACAGCUGGGGGCCUUUCUGGCUGCUGUGAGGAAGCACCUGCCAUACCUGAAGCCAGCGCUCCUGCCCCAUGGCAUCCGAUGCCUGUUUCUUGCCUCAGUGACCACAAUGGUCCUUCUGACGCUCAUGUCUGUCACCCUGGAACCUCCGAGGAAAUAUCCAGACUUAUUUGCUGUGUUGGUGUGUUUUGUGUCCUGCUUGAACUUCCUGCUCUUCUUGGCAUAUUUUAACAUUGUGAUCAUGUGGGACUCCAAAAAUGGAAGACGGAAGAAAACCAACUAGCUCUGCUUCCAAACAGACAUGAACUUCUGUUGUGUGUCAGGUAAAUGACUGUUUUGCAGACCGUGGAGUCUGGGAAAGGAUGGUGAGAUGUCACCACUGCCCACAGGAAAUAAUGUAAAUGGGGACCAAAAGAAGCUUCCCUGUGUAUUGCUGGGCUAAGGCACAUCUGUAGUUUUGUUAAUAUUAACAGCCGUACAAGUGGUAACGGGAAACAGGCCACUAACCCGAGUAUUUACCCAGGAAAUAUACUCUGUGUGGUAUAGAUGACUGAAAACAUGAUGAACCUACAGGAAGCAUUAAGCCUCUGGGGAAGGAAAUCACUAAUGCUGGUAUUCAAAUUUAGUUUUCUUUGCAUUCAGCGUGAAAGUCGGCUUUCAUUGCUUAGAAGUUCUAUCUCAGGAAGGUACAUUUGUGAGAAUAAACUUUUUGAAACUGAAUAUGCCUAAUUACUUAGGCAAAUUUGACUUUUAUAGCAAGCAAACGGUUAAACAGUGCUGUUUACUUCCACGGGUUCCGACUUGAAUCUGUUUAGAAACUGCAGUUUCCCGAGUUUCAUCGGAUGUGAAGCCAGGUGAAGCCUUGCACUGUGAUUAUGUGCUCUGGGCCUGCCGCAGCCAGGGUCUCCUCUCUGGCCCCUCAGGACGUGACUUCGAGGGCAGCUGUGUCCUGGAGAUGCAGGUCCCUCACACCCACCUCUGAAAUGAUGUAUCAUCCUCUCUCGGUUGUGGUUGCCCACCUGAAGAUGUUUCCAGUCUGCGUGAUAAAAUAAAACACUCCUUCCCA